AUGGCCCCCGAUGUAGCCUCCAUGACCUCGACGCCCUCGACGCCCGCCUUGAAGCCCUCGCAGAAGCCUCUCUCCGGGCCCAACGUGCUCGAAGUCGUCUUCGGCUCGCUGCUCAUCCAGCCCUGGUACCCGUCCUUCUACCCGGAAGAGCUCGCGGGGCGACGCGUCGAGCGGCUGUAUGUAUGCCAAUGGUGCUUCAAGUAUAGCAAGGAGCUGUUGGGCUUCAUUGGACACUUGAAAGCAUGUCCCCUCCGCAACACACCCCCGCCUGGCGUCAACGUCUACACAAAAGACAACUACUCGCUCUACGAGAUUGACGGCGAAAAGCACAAGCUCUACGCGCAGAACCUCUCGCUCUUUGCCAAGCUUUUCCUCGAUACCAAAUCCGUCUUCUACGAUGUCACAACUUUUCUAUACUACCUCCUCGUCGCACACAGCCCUACACCGGAGAUUCCGAAUACCGGUUUCGGCGACGAUGCAGAGGCGAGUCGAGUUGGCGGUCAAGGGCAGGUCGUCGGCUUCUUCAGCAAGGAGAAGAUGAGCUGGGAUAACAAUAAUCUGGCGUGCAUAUUGGUAUUUCCGCCGUGGCAGAAGCAGGGGCUCGGACAGAUAUUGAUGGGAGCGAGCUAUGAGAUGAGUAGGAGGGAGGACAGGUUGGGCGGACCUGAGAAACCGCUGUCGGACCUCGGUCGCAUUGCGUACAUCCAUUACUGGUCGCAGACCCUUGCGCGCACGAUCCUUACUUGCCCGUCGAAGAAGACUGUCACGGUACAGGAUUUGCGCGAGAAGACGUACAUUGUACCCGAGGAUAUCAUCGCAACGCUGCAGACGAUGGAUGUGUUGGAGCAGAAGAAGAAGGGCGGUGCCGAUGCUGUCAUCAAUAAGGCCAGGGUGCGGGCGUGGGCAGAUACGAACAAAGUGGACUUGAAGGCCUAUCCCGUCGAUCCCAACGCCUUUGUGGCGAGGGAGCAGAGUCGAAGUGUGAGCGAGGAUACGUGA